GGUCCGAGCAGCGCAGAGGAGGGAGCUGGCUGGGGACGCUCUCCCUUCCCCGGAGUCAUGGCCCUGGAGAAAGGUCCGCUCCUGCUGUUGGCCCUUGGCCUGGGCCUGGCGGGUGCCCAGAAGGCUCUGGAAGAGGUGCCGGUACAGCCAGGCUUCGAUGCGCAGAAGGUGGAGGGGCGCUGGCUCACCCUGCAGCUGGCAGCCAACCAUGCAGACCUGGUCUCCCCGGCCGACCCCUUGAGGCUCGCUCUCCACUCCAUCCAGACCAGGGAUGGCGGGGACGUGGACUUCGUGCUAUUCUGGAAAGGAGAAGGGGUGUGUAAAGAAACAAACAUCAUCGUCCAUCCAACCCAGUUGCAAGGCCAGUACCAAGGCUCAUUUGAGGGCGGCAGCAUGCACGUACGCUUCGUCAGCACCGACUACAGCAACCUCAUUCUUUACGUGCGCUUUGAGGAUGACGAGGUCACCAACCUGUGGGUGCUGCUGGCGAGAAGAAUGCUGGAGGACCCCAAAUGGCUGGGAAGAUACUUGGAGUAUGUGGAGAAAUUCCACCUGCAGAAAGCCCCGGUCUUCAACAUAGAUGGCCCAUGUCCCCCACCCUGAGCCUAGGUCUGGCGGCUCUGGAGUCUUCCUGCCUGGGCCCCUCACCCCUCUGCUGCCCUCAGCCUCCCUUCCACCUCCUUCACCUUGGCUUGUGGCCUGGACUGUCCCCAGGUCCCCCUGGAAGCCCUUUUGCAUCUCAGGGACUCGAGGAAGCUCCCCAGCCUGAGCCCAACUCUGCCCCUCCCCUGGUCCCCUCCCCUGCUGGGAAGGCCUCUUCCCUCUGUGGGUAUCCAGGUCCUGCCAACCACCUGCCAACCAACAGCCGAGGGCCAGCAGCCGGCCCCAGCCUGGCCUGUGGGCUUGGAGCACACCCAGGGUGGUGAGGAGGGGGCACAUGGCCCCCUGAGCUCCUGCCCACAGUGCCAGACGCCUCCAAAACAUCCACAAUGAGUGGAGCACUGUAGUCCCAGGUGCCUCCGGUGAGCACCCCAAGAGCUGCUGGGGUGGCCCCCAAGUGUCCUUCAGGAACAUGACCCCACGGAGUCUGUUCUCAGAUUCCAGCUCCCCUCCAUUGUGACCUGCCUCACCUGGGUCGGCUGGGGAUCCUCCAGAGAGGCGGCCUCCAUGCUCCGUGAGCAAACGCAUAUGUCCCCACUGAGGUGGGAGAUCCCUGAGUGAGCCCAGCUCCAGACCCUGCUCCCUGUAGAAGCCCAGCGGGGCUGCCAGAUAAACACAGACGGCUGUACCUGUGUGGCAGGUGAGACCAGCCAACGCCCACUCCUCAGAGCCCAGGAUUCUGAAGGGCGGCGCCCGCUUCUGUUCCCAGCGAGCCAGGGCCACCCAUCGGCAGGGCAGGCUCUGAGGAAAUUGGGUCAGGGACUCAAUACUUGUCGUCUGGAGCUCCCAAGACAGGUAUGGCCAGAGGCUGCUCCGAAAACGCCUCCAGUGAGGCCUUCUCCCUCUUCUCCCCCUUCUCCCCCAUCUCCCCCUUCUCCCCCAUCUCUCCCUUCUCCCCCAUCUCCUCCAUCUCCCCCUUCUCCCCCU